AACAUCACGAAAAUUAUAUUGAAAUAUUCAAAUGAAAACCAUAAUAGUGAUUGUUUUGUGUAUUUUGUUUUGUCCUUCAUUGAAGACACAAGAUGAGCGGCCAAGCGAAAUAAUUUGUUCUAUAGCUGGAAAUGUCUGGGUCAGUACUUAUAAAGUCAAUGUAUCCGAAAAACCAGAUGGGUGUGAUGUAAUUAGUAUGAGUCAAUAUUCUUUUGACAUGCAUAAUGGUAUAGAUAACCAUAUACCCGAAUCAGAUAAAGGUGUAUUAAGAGCCUUGAAUAAAGCUAAUAAAGUUGUUUAUACACAACUUGGAUUCAUUUAUAAUUAUGAUUGGCCCUCAAUAUUUGUUCCUAAGGAUGAGGAACAAUAUAAGAAAGUAAUAAUAGGUCCAUUAGUCAAUUUUUUAAAUUUUUAUAAAAUUAGUGGUCUUCUCUUGAAUAUACGUUGGAUUUAUGAUGUCAUGGACAAUUUUCCCCAAAAAAUAAGUACAUUCAUUAGUCAAGUCAAACAACAAGUAAAACAUAAAAUAGUAUUUGGUUUAGUCGUAGAUGCAAUGACCUAUGGAAGCUUUAAUAAUACUACGGGUUUUGAUUUUACAAUAACAAAUAAAGUGUUGGAUAUUUAUUUAAUUGACUAUACACAUUUAAACAAUUUUUGUGAUUCAGAAGUUAAAAAUUAUGGUAUGACUCCAGUCAAUAGUCCAAGUCCUAAUUUGACGAGUAUGGAACAAGUGACUUCAGCUGUAACGAGUUCAAAAAUGGAUGAUUCAAAAAUUUAUGCUAUGUUAAAGGGUUAUGUGAGGAUUCCAGAUGAUCAACCGACAAUAAUUGAUAAGCUAAUUACAUCGUAUUCUGUGUAUUGUAGCACCCAUACAAAAAAUUCAUCUCUCUGGUGUCAGAACCCUUCACAGCUUUUAUUUGAUCAAGUAAAUAUAUUUAAAUCUUAUUUAAUCUCUGAUUAUAGAACGAAAUUUAGUCAUAAAGACAGACAAAUCUGAUACACGCAUGUAUAAAGACAGAUGGCAGGAUACGAUACAGAAUUUUAAGUUGGAAAUAGGUGUAUAAAAAAUCUUCUAGGUUCGAUGAUUUACUUCGUAUAAUUGUUGAAUAACAGAUACCACUUUUGAUAAUUGAUACAUUAGUAUUAAAGUAAAAUCUAGCCUUGAUUAUUCCUUUUCUGACAACCCUACAAAAUCUGAUCCAUUCCCGUUAAAAUUUUGAAUAAGUAAGUAAAUUUGUGUGAUCCUAUUUUAAGCAAUAAUUUUAAAAUCCUUUUGUUUUAUUUUAGAUCGAGAAAAAUCAAUUGAAAUGUUUUACCAGGGGAUGGAUAUUUUCAUCUUUGGUAAUGUAGUUUAGACUUUGAGCAAACAGUAAUGCUUCAUACUGCGCGAUGUUUGAUGCAUACAAAGAAGUUUCCAAUUUUCCGAUUUUCAAUGCCCUAAAUAUAGACAUAAUAGAGAGAAAAAUAUUCUUUAUUUUUCCUUUUUGAUGUGGGUUUCAUAAAUCAUAAUUAAGCUAUUGUUACAUAGCACAUUAGUGAGGUAUCUGAGGCCUAAAAGUUGAAUUUCUGCUGAAUAUUUUGGCUAUCGAUUUGCAUUGGAAAAUUAAAGGUACCGCUAUUAAUUUUUAUAAGGUUUUCUUCCAGAUUAAUGAGAGAUAGAUGGAGAGAGCAAUGAUUCAUCAAAAAUCAAAUUUAUGUUACUGCUAACGCACCAAUUCUAUCUAACAAACGAGUUAUAAUUGACAGCACUCCGCGUUUUGAAUUUUUUAUCCUAAGCAUGGUUAAAUGAUAGUCGAAAUUAAAUUUAAAGCAUAAUUUUCGCAGAAAUUUUGUCUAAACUCGGGCUGUUCUAUCAUUUUAUCUUUUCAAUGUGGAAGAUAAAAAUGGUAUAAUUCAAUCGGCAUAUUAACGAAAUUACUCGAUAAAACUGAAGCUGAUGAUGGCGCUCAUUGUUGAGAUGAAACUUUGCAAUACCAGCGACUUAUUUAUAACCAAAACGAAAAAUUUAAUCAUAAAGUUGUCUGUUGUAAUUCUCAAAGUUUUAGAACCUUUUCCGAAGAUAGUGACACCACGGAAUAUUAUAUUCUGAUUAUAAGUACAUGCAUGAUUUUUUUUUUUUUUUUUUUUAUUAGCUUUUAGUAUAACUAUUACAGCUCAACAAUUAUUUGAACGACAUAACAAGAUACAGUUCUAUAGAAUAUAAUAUUAAAAAAAAAAAUGUAUAGAUAAAUGAUUACAAUGAAAUAAAAAGUAAAGUAA